AUGUGGUGGGUUAGGUGCUCAAACCUUCAAGUUCUCUCUAUUAAGAGCAGCCCUAAUGUUACAGAUGAUUCCAUGAUUAACAUUGGUCAUGGGUGCCCCAAGCUUAGGGAACUUGACAUUAGCUAUUGCUAUGAAAUAUCUCAUGAGUCUUUGGCUUUGAUUGGAAGGCACUGUCCUAACCUCAAAAUUCUGAAAAGGAACCUGAUGAAUUGGUUGGAUCCUUCCCAACAUGUAAUUGUCCCAACUGAAUAUCUGAAUGCCUGUCCUCAAGAUGGAGAUUCAGACGCUGCUGCAAUUGGAAAAUUUAUGCCACAGUUACUGCAUCUUGAACUUCGGUUUUCCAAGUUAUCAGCCAAAGGGCUUGCUUUAAUUUCUGAGCGGUGUUUGAACCUCGAAUAUUUGGACCUAUCUGGUUGUGCAAACGUGACUAGCCGUGAUAUUGCAAAUGCCACGUCUAAUUUAAAGAAUUUGAUUAAUAUCAAGAAGCCCAAUUUCUAUAUCCCUAGGUCAGUCUUUCACACUGACAGGUAUGGCCACUGGAGGUUGUAUGAUGAGCGAUUCCAGACGGAUGUUUUCCGAAUUUGA